GUUUAUUGGAACCAUCAUCAUUAGAGUUGAUGCAUUUCGCCAUUGACGAAGUCGUAAUUAGAGUUAUUAGUCGUCGUAAUUGGAGUCGUUUUGGGGGUCGUUGUAUUGGUGUUUUCGAUACCUUACGGGAAACUAAAGUGUUUAGGUUCUAUGGGAAUUAUGGUCGCAAGGCUGAAAAGGAAUUGAUAGAAAGGCACC